AACGCCGCCGUUCACGAGCUGAUGUUGCGCGCUCCCUGAAAAUGUUGCGCAGGUUGUAAUGCAAAGCGGGAGCAGAGAGCCAGGCUAUAUAUAUGCAUGGUCACACUGAUCUAUGCAGGAGAACUCACACUGAAAAUCUCAUCCAGAGGGAAACUCACAGUUUAGCCCUGCCAGCACCAUCACCUUACAGGUUGCAUAGAGCAUCAGACUGAGGGAUCCUGAGCGCUUUGCACAUAAGGGGUGGAGGUGGGCGUCACAUGUGGAAGAUCCUGCAGCAGCACAGCGCAGAGAGAGGCGAUCCGCAACGCAGGAGCACCCAGCAUCUGCAUUGUAAAAAAGUGGCAACUUGCAAGGGUCUGGAGACCUCCUGGAACAGAGAGACCACUCCCGAGACAGGCAUGGAGCUGUCUGCCAUUGGGGAGCAAGUAUUUGCAGUAGAGAGUAUUAGGAAGAAGAGGAUCAGGAAGGGUAAAGUGGAGUAUCUUGUGAAGUGGAAAGGCUGGCCACCAAAAUACCUGCAUAGCUCUGUCUGUAGCUGCACUGGGAUUGAAGGGGCAACAUGCUCAAAACAGAGUAGUGGUUGCCCAGGUGAUGAGAGAAGGGGCUUGCAUUCAUUUAUGGAACAAUACAGUACUUGGGAGCCAGAAGAACAUAUCCUGGAUCCGCGGCUUGUUUUGGCAUACGAGGAAAAGGAAGAAAAGGAGAGAGCUUCUGGGUGCAGAAAACGUGGCCCAAAACCAAAGCGCCUCCUCCUACAGAGGCUAUAUGGCAUGGAUCUGCGGAGCGCACACAAGUCUAAGGAGAGGAACCUUUGUUUUUCGUUGUCACGAAGAUUCAGUGGUGGAAUUGGAACCAAAGCAGCACCAACCUCGUCUGUGCCAGAGAAAGCCAAGUCACUUCAGUUCCCACUCAGCAAGCAACGCAAGGGCCGCAAAUUUUUGUGCCUGUCCCGUAAGAAGUUUCUGCGGGUCUCUACCUAUGAGCCUUUGAGCCGAAGGUCCGAGUUCUUUUCCAAGGAGGAGGAAAAGGAAGAAACACAGACGAUCCAUGGUUGGCAAGAAGAAAAACCUGCUGAGGAAGAGAACCAGGAAGAUCAAACUAAGCAGGCAACAGAUGAAACAGAACCAGCUGCUCCACAGCUUUGGCUCCCUGCCCUUCCAAGGCCCAGCGAGAUCAUUGUUACUGACAUCACCUCAAACUCCAUUACAGUGACUUUUCGUGAGGCUCAGUCCGCAGAAGGCUUUUUUCGAGAUCGUGGUGGUGACUGCUAGUUGCUCUCUCCCUCUGCUGUAUCUUUCUAUUUUAUUCCUCUUCCUUCUUUCCCAGAAUGAUUUUUGGAAACUGGGAAAAAACACCAAGAAAACAGGGA